AUGGAAACAUUGGCUUAUUUGGAAUAUGGUAAUGUCCAAUUUUCUUAUGCAAAGAGUUAUUGGUUGGUUGUUGAACAGAAUGAGGAUGAGGAUGAAGGCUGUGGUACUGAGCCAACCAUCUGUGCAAGCUGUGGCAGAGGCUACCAUGCGAACGGGUUCUGGAUUUGUUGUGAUGUGUGUGACCGUUGGUUUCAUGGUAAAUGUGUGAAGAUAACAGCGGCUCAAGCAGAGCGAAUAGAGCACUAUGAAUGCCCUGAGUGCUGCUCCGACAAGAAAGGGCAUGGUUACAAUGUGGACCCAAUGCUUUCUGUUCUGUAUAAGCGAUACUAG